UUCACAGACCACAAUAAUAGUCACGAUCGCAGCCUUUUACUAUCUUAAAUCGUGGUCAUAGUCAAUAACUCAGUUGUAAACUCAACCACUCAAGGAAUAUAUAAGUUAAAACUUGUUUGAGUCGAGAUUUCGAGAAAUAUGGCAAAUAAACAAUAAAUAUUUUUUGUUUUAUGAUUUCCUACACUAAUACAAAACAAUUUGUGAUUUAUAAUUUACUAUUUACAAACUUUCUCAGAUCAAGGGUUUUAAACAUAUCCGUAUUUUCCUGUUUAUUAUAAAUAGAAAAUACUGUUCAUAGAAAAAAAUCCAUUAUCAUGGAAUUUGAUUUUAGUGUUUGUAUUCAAGAUAUAAAAAAAAAACUUAUUUUGAAUGACCAACUUUAUGGAUUUGACAAAGAACAAAAUGAACUCUUACAGAUUAUUAAAAAAACUACUGAUUUUGGAGAAAGCGACUCAGUCAUUAUACUUGGGUCUCGUGGAUGUGGAAAAUCAAUGUUAAUGGAAUCAGUUAUAAAAUCUCUUUCACCUGAAUCUCAUACACUAGUAUUAUUAAAUGGUCUCAUUCAUACUAAUGAUAAUUUAGCUCUUAAAAGUAUUAUACAACAACUUCAAAUGGAAAAUUUGGAUGGAACUUUUGCUCAAGGAUCUUAUGCUGAUAAUAUAAGUUUUUUAUUGGAGAGCUUUCGAACAGGAAACAAAACAGCUUCAAAAUCAAUUAUUAUGGUAUUAGAUAAAUUUGAUAUGUUUUGUUCUCAUACUAAUCAAACAUUGUUGUAUAAUUUGUUUGAUUCUGUCCAAUCUCAACAAAACCCAAUGUGUAUUAUUGGCUUAACAUCACGAAUUGAUGUUAUUGAAUUACUCGAGAAACGAGUUAAAUCUAGGUUUUCGCAUAAUAUAAUGAUGUUGAAACCUCCAUCAGAAACUAUUCAACUGUUAGAAAGAUUUAAACAUUCUCUUACAAUUAGCAAACAUUGCAAAGUAAAAGCUGAUGUUUUGAAAAACUGGAACAAUAAUAUUGAUUUGUUAAUAUCAGAUAUAAGAAUAGAAAAUUUGAUAAAAGAUCUAUUUAAAUCAAGCAAUAAUAAUACAAAACUAAAUCUACUCAUUUUUAUGGCACUUUCAAAUAUAUCAAAAGACAAAAUGUUAACUGUUGAAGAUUUAACAAAUAGCUACACUACAUUGUUUAAGAAAGAUAUGAUUCUUGUCAAUUUAUUAGGACUAUCAGUUCUAGAAUUUUGUUUAGUGAUUUCAAUCUGCCAUCACUCAGAAAUCUAUGAUCAAGAACCAUUUAAUUUUGAAAUGAUUUAUGAUCGAUAUAGUAAAUUUGCAUCACGAAAUUCAACAUUACUUGUAACAAAAAGACAAGUUGUUAUAAAAGCUUUUGAAAGAUUAUCAGUAAUGCAAUUAAUACUACCUGUAGCAGUAAUAGAGAAUAAAAAUGUUUUAAGAGAAUACCGUCUGUACAAGUGUUCAGUCAAACUAGAUAAAGUGAAGACAGCUUCUAAUAUAUACUACAGGCUACCUCCAGUCAUAUUACAAUGGAUAGAUAGUAAUAUAAUUUAAAUUUCUAUGUAAUUAUGUACUGUAUAUUUAUUUCUUUUGUAAUACUUUAUUGAUAAUGUAUGUACUAUCCUACUCAAA